AGCUCGCUGUCUCCCUCUCCUCCCGCACCCUCUCUGCUCGUCGUCGCUAUUGAUGGGCAACGCCGGAAGCAGCGGCCGCCCCAACAUGCCACCGCCGCGGCCUCAUCUGCAUGGGGUUCCCCCGCCGUACUAUCCAGUACCCGCCAUGGCGCCCGGGCGUCGCUGCGCCGCCGCCGGUGCCGUUCCCCACGCACAUGGAGCGGCACAGAGUCGUUGCGGUGAGUGCCGGCGUCAACGUCAAGGGGCAUACCCUGCGGCUGGAGCGCGAAGACGACGGCGGCCACCUGCUUGCCUUCUCCUUUGACGCCGACGUGCCCCGGAGCAUAACAGUUUACUUCUUUGCACAAGAAGGUGACGACUGUGUCCUGAAGGGCACAAAGGAAAAUUUGCUCAAACUUUUAAGGAAGGUCAUGGUCAGGAGUUCAGGCAACCAAGUGGAACUGGAAUCAAGCUCGGGGACAAGGAGGAAAGUUUACCAAGUCUUGUUGUUUAGCUAGUUACUUGUAAUAUCCAUUCCCAUUUCUUUCUGCUUUCUAACAUGCUUGCUAUUUAGGCAAAGAUAUGUGGCCGUAUGCAUCGUCCAAAUGCAGAGGCCGGGGGUCAUCCUCCUUUUCUAAAAAAAAAAAAUUAGGCAAAGAUACAUCCUGCACGGCUUCCAUGCUUUCCUGACAAAUGAAUAGUUAAAAGUUUUAGAGCACGCCAGGCCUCAUUUGUAAUUACCCAUAGAUGGAAGAACUACUACUUACCAAAGCCACAGAAUGUGAAUAUCACAUCUGUUUUGUAUGUACAUAGUUGGAAACGCUGCAAAAUCUUCAGAAUUACUACAGAUAUGGGCCAUAUGGGCAUAUAUGGUAGUGCAGCAUGGCACAGUAUACCAACUGCAAUAUGGCCCCUAGCUUGAAACCAACACGAGAACCUUAUGUCUGUAGCAGCGUGCCCAAUGUUUCUACCUUUUCUCAUACAUCCAUCUGAAAUUAAUACAAUCCUGUUUCAUUUAUUCCUCCAGAUGCAACCAUUUUAUCUGAUGUUGCAGAUGAAAAUAAGCCAAAUUUCAUUGACCUGUCAUCUUCAUGAAACCAGUGAAACUGAAAAUCAUACCGUGUGCUCUUUUGCAGUGCCUAUGUAGGGAGUGUGCUCAGACAUUAAGGUUCCAGACCAACAAAUGCCCCAUGUGCAGGCAGCCUGUUGAGAGCCUUCUUGAGAUUAAGGUUGAUAGCAUGCCCAGGCAUCACGAAGGAGGAGAUCAGUAGUGUUAUGUCUGCAUCUGUUUAGCAUGUGUUGUGGUAUGUUGUUUGUUGCGAAAAUGUUCGUAUUAGAACAUACAGGAGAAAACCUGGUCAGUAUAAAAUAUGAGAAAAUCUGGUCAGUAUAAGAAAAUCUGGUCGGCAUAAAUAUUAGUGAUAUUGUUGAUUUAGAUUAAGAUAGGAUUGGCUGAGGACAUGCUCCAGGCAGGAUUCAUUCCCCUAGAAGUAAAAAACAACAUGUCAACAAGAACUGGGGUUAAUUGAGAACCUUCAGAUUGUAUA